AUGGCUGUUUUCCGUCUUGCCGGCAGUGUGUGUCAUGUCUUCGUCUGCAGGGAUUCUACCAUGCUUUGUUCCCCUGUACCAUCGCGUUACGUUAUAAAAAUGUACUCAAUUACUGGAGCUCUGUUUUCGGUGAUCGUUGCUGUUAGCGAAGUUACCGAACUAUUAUCUCACACUAAUGAUGAAAUUCUGCCAACGAAUCCCUCCUCUGCGGACAAUCAGACUGCCGAACCGGACGGUUUUUCGCACUUUCACGUCUACGUCUGUGCCGCCUUCCUGAUGCACUUUGCGGACGAGCUGAAGCGUCAGCGCGACUUCCAAAGCCUCAUGCUCUACCUCCAACGCCUGCCCACUCAGCGCUGGGGCAAUGACGACGUGCAGAUGGUGCUGGCCGAGGCCUUUAGGCUGAAAUCCCUCUUCUUUUACGCCCCCAAACACCUGGACUACCGGAAGAAGGACAUUGAGUAG